AUGAACUUCAUGCACAACCAAAAGAACAAAACUCUCUAUACAUCAUUCCUUACUCGGCUCUCCUCAAACCAAGCUCCUCAGAGAAAGAUCCACACAGAGAAUAAAUCUUAGAAGCCAAAUGGCAAUAAAGAGCCUAAAAUGAAGAAUUAAGACACCAGUCCUUUGAAGUUCGACACCAAUCAUACCUAGCAAACACCGAUCAAUCCUAAUAAUGAUCUGCUUCACGAGGACUUAAUGCAGGUCAGUAUAGAUGACUAUCAGCAGCCUUCAAUAAUUAAAAUUGGAUUAGUUAACAGCAAUGACAAUGAAACACAAGAACAGUAGUAAAACAAGCAGAGAUAGUUAUCACCUCAUUUCAAGGCAAGUGAAGAGUCAUUUUCUAAUAUUUAGAAUCAGAAAAAGAAGCAGUAUAAAAGUAGACACAGUGAAAAAGCUUUGGAGCAUUUAGAAAAGCAAUCAAAGAAAGUUAAGUUAAGGAAUUUAAUUGUUUAAAAGGCUCAGAAAAUCAACAAAAAUCUUUUACCCUCACUACUUAUAAAUAACCCUUGCUUUGAGAUGUAGUAUCAAGAGUCUACUUACUCACCUGAGUAGAGAUACAUAAACUACUAGAGAUGCUUUAGACUUAAAAAGAGUCUAGAAGAGUAGCAAUUGGAAGAGGCAAGAGAUGAGCUUUAGCAUAUCUCCAGGACAAACAGCAUUAAAAAGUUCAUCUAGCAUGGCAAUGCAGUUUUCAUGAAUAAAUCUUAUCAGACUAUCGAUAAAUACGAUGAUAGUCAGAAUAAUGAUGGCAUUAGCAGUCCUACAAGGAAAUCAAUCCAGAUAGGGAAUGCUUCCUACAGAAACAAUCAGACUUUCUCAGCCGAAAAUAUUCACCAAAAUCAGAGAGAGCUUUGGGAGUUUGUACAUAAUGAACCUGAGCCCAACUAUAAAAAGAUAAUAAGCGACAUCACAAACAAAGUCGGGAAUAGGUACAGACAGAGUCAGAACAGUAAUCUAUUCUCAAGUUAAGACAAACUCUAUGAAAUUAGGAAUCUGUAUCAGAGUCGUGACCAUAACAACACUAUAUAUGAGGAUCUGCCUUCUGCAAAUGACUUGGGACUAAACAUUAAGUAUAAAAGUCAUCAGCCAUACGAUUCUCUCGAUAAGAAAUCAACUAACUCUUAGACUUAAAGUCUAAAUUAUAUGUAAAUGAUAUAGAAGUAUAUUAAUGUAAGUUAUAGAAUGAGGAAUAACAAUAGUUUAUAAACAACAAGUAAUUUCAAAGCAAACCUGAAUGUUAAGCAUCCUCAUUUCAUUAGAACGAUACUUGAACCCAUUCAUCAGAUCUAGGAGACUAAAUAAAAGACUGAAUAGAAAUUGUAAAAGUUAAGCAAUAAGCUUAUUGAGAGAUCAUAAUAAAGAAGGUUUUACGCUCUACUUAUGAGCCAAUAAGGGAAGUAGGAACAGCAGCUGUUUAGAAAUCCAGUACUAAAUCAGGCAUAUUAAUCUUAGCCUCUAAAUUAAAGCUACGAUUAGCCGCCUUUGAAGUCUCAGAAACUCAAAGAUAACAGCACUGUAUGGAAUGCCCUUAUUGAAACACAUCGAUCAUGA